AUCUCACUUAAUUCUUCAGUUUUUCUUCCAUUUUUUGCUCUGUUUUUCCUUCGUGAUUCUUCUAUCUGCUAGAUAUUAGUUGAUAAAAACGAUGCCGAAAACUUGCUGUUUUGGGGAAAGGUUGAAACUUUAGGGUGAAAAUUCAGUUCUCUGAUUUUACCGAAAACAAUUUUUUUUGGGAAAUAUUGAAACUUUAGGCUACAAAUUAAGUCCUCUGACUUUAGUGUUGGCACAGGCAUGUGUUUUUCCAACCCGGAUAGUUGGGAUAAGGCACUGUGUUAUCUUUUACUUGAAGAACGUUGGCAGGGUUGUAAUGGGUAUCCGCCCAAGUUCAAAUCAUGUUUGGUUGAUUCGGGUUUUCUCAGAAACUCUCUGUUUUUUGUGGAGAAGGGAAAUUUCAGAGCUUAUUACGCCACUGCGUCUGCGCUGUUGACGAGGUAUGCCCAUGUGUUUGAGGAAAACCCAUUGCCGGUUGAAGCCUAUGUGAUUCAGGAGAUUAAAGCUGUAAGGGAAAGGUCUGGCAUUUGGAGAAACCGGAAACUUUAUCCAGACGUUGCCAGAGUGUUAAAAUCUUUGGACUGGGAGGUUGCAUGGGACCUGAGGUUUUCCUGGUCUGUGAAGCAGUAUGGCUUUUCUCAUUCUUUAAGUGUAUUUAGUGUUAUUGUUCAUGUCUUUGCAUUGGCGGGGAUGAAAAUGGAAGUGCAGUCUUUUCUCAAUGAUAUUGUUUGCUAUUAUCGAGAUGCUAAGUAUGAUGCAUUUGGGUUGUUCCCAUAUGUAUUUGAUUCAUCUCACAAUGGGGCGAGAACUCUUGUAUUUGAUGCACUCAUUACGGCUUUUGCUGCCUACUCGAUGCUUGAGAAUGCUGUGGAUGUUUCUGUGCAGACCAAAAACAUGCAGCUUGAACCACACAUUUGGUCUUGUAAUUUUUUGCUCAAGUGUUUGGCAGAAGCAAACAUAUUGGAAUCUGUUAGGAUUUUAUUUGAAUGUUUAAAAAAGUAUGGUCCUUCACCUAAUGUUUACACUUACACAAUUAUGAUGAACUUUUACUGCCAAGGACAUGAAGGGAAGGGUGUAGAUAUUGGUGAAGCGACCAACAUUCUUCAGGAAAUGGAGAAGCGUGGGAAACACCCAACUGUUGUGGUAUACGCCAAAUAUAUUCAUGCACUUUGUAAAGUUGGAUGGGUUGAGUUUGCUUUGGACUUUAUUCGGAACUUGAGAUGCAGAAAUCAACCUCUUAAUAGUUAUUGUUAUAACGCCAUACUCCUUGGUUUUUGCCAAAAAGGCGAAACAUAUGAAGCUUGGAAGAUUUUGGAAGAAAUGAAGACGUAUGGGACAAUACCAGAUGUUUAUUGCUACACCAUUUUAAUAGGGUUGUCUUGGAAGGCACUUCACAGUUUACACAUAUCAUGGGAAGGUUAAAUGGACGGUAACAUCCUCAGAAACCUGCCAAUUUACUUGAGUGGGAAGUGAUUUCUACACAUCCCCUUCUCCUCUUGCACGCCUCUCUAUAUUUCUGUUCCUUGACGGCAGAAAUAAGUGAGGGGUUCAGGUGGAGAAAAGAGUUGUGGGGGGUUCACUUCCGAGAUUAAUAUUAUUAUUUGUUUUCAUUUUUUAUCUCUAAUUGAUCAUCAUUAAUUGAAAUACCCUUGUUACUACUAUGUUUAGUUAUCCUAAUCUAUAGUAAGUCAUUCCAUUUUCUCUUUCGAUGUUUCAUGAAACAAUGUGAAAUCUCUUGCCCAACACUUUUUGCGGACUUCCAAUUGACGUUGACUGUGCUUUAGAGGUGGGAAAAACGGGAAGAGAGGGAUGUGAAUAGCAUUGAUAUUGUAGUAGUUGGUUUAGGUUUGUUUUCCUCAGGUCUCAAAGGGGGAAGCAACCUUGGAUUGUGGACAGGAUGGCACUGAAAUUACUUUUGGAGAACGUUAGUUAUUGGUCGGGCUCCAUCCUGGGUUUUGAUACCGGAAGCAAUACCGGAGGCAGUUGGCGACCGGAGUAACUUGAAGCUCAAGGAAAAAGCUUCAAAUGGAGAGUGCAGUUUUCCUUUCCGAGGCUACCAUUCGAGGUUUGAGACGAUCUUGGCUACUAUCUGCUUAAAGAAGUUGUCGAAGGCUACAUUGCGGGUCUUCUGUUAGGAGACGAUUUUGUUUAUCGAGAAAGCAGUUGUAGAAUCAUUCGUUUUAUUGUUGAUUCAGCUCAUAACACUUGGUUACGUGUUUUUCUUGUGUAAGGGCAUCUAUGUUUGGCUUUACCGCCUAUUGUGUAAUUGAUAUAUCCCAUGCUUCACAAACAAGAGUAGAUGAACCCACACAAACGAGGGGUUAAUAUUAUGGCAUAUUUGUUGUUUUGUGCCCUGACAGAGCUGUCAAUUUUCUCCAAACUUUAAUUUUAAUUGUUUACCCUCCUUAA